AUGAAGCAAGAAUUUGAUAUAACAAAUAGAGAAUUUUAUGCUUUCCUACAGAUAAGGCAUUAUGUGCAGGAGAUCCUGCAGAAUAAUAUAGGGGUAGAGUCAUGGGACAAGUUGGAACAUGUUAUAACCCUUUUUAAGGCAGAAACUAAGAAGCUUAUACGUCAGGGCGAUAUAGCUUACAAGAAGGGACGCAAUGCUCUUGACUGCACAGACUGCCUAUGGCCCAAAUCCAGUAUCGGAACUGUAAAUAUCCCAUACGUUCUAUCAUCUGUUUACAGUGCCAGUGAAGUAUCUAUAAUCACUGCAGCUAUGCAAGAAUUUAUGACCCUGACAUGUGUGAGGUUUGUUCCUCAAACGGAAGAAACUGACUAUCUGGAUAUUAAGUCUGAAGAUGGUUGCUGGUCAUACGUUGGAAUGAACCGAGGAGUUCAGACCGUAUCUCUGUUGAAGGAUUACUGUUUAAAUCAUGGAACUGUCCAGCACGAGUUGAACCAUGCUUUGGGAUUUCUUCACGAGCAGUGCAGAAGUGACAGAGAUAACUAUGUCACCGUCAUGACACAAUAUAUAAUACCAGAGGACCUUGGUAACUUUAUUAAGGAUAGCACAAAUAACCUUCAUAUGCAAUAUGACUACUCAUCACUGAUGCAUUAUCCAAGGUAUGCAUUUUCUAAGACAGGACAAGAUACUAUAGUACCAAUACCUGACACAAGUGUUCCCAUUGGUCAAUCAUAUGGCUUGAGUAAUGUGGAUAUUUUGAAAAUUAAACAUCUGUAUGACUGUGAUAUCUGUAGCAGUUUGCUUUUUGAUUCUACUGGAACAGUGACUUCAGCAAACUAUCCAUCUGCAUAUCUAGAUAAUACCAACUGCUUAUGGCUCAUCCGCACCCCAGCUGAUAAGAUUUUCAUGACAUUUGAAGCAUUUGAUAUCCAGUUCACAACAAACUGUAUAUCUGACUAUGUUAUUGUAUAUGAUGGACCCAGCGAAACAUAUCCAGUUCUCCUUAAUAAAACCUGUGGUUCUGGAAUAUUGACCCCACUUGUAGCUUCCAGCAAUUCAAUGCUUUUGAAAUUCGUUAGUGAUGGAACCAUUACAGCAACUGGAUUUAAAGCUUCAUACAGUACAGUUUACUGUGGUGCCACAAUUAAUACCAAUCCUGGGGUUAUAACAUCACCGGGAUACCCUAAUCUAUAUCCACCUUCUGUCGAUUGUUUCUGGAUUAUUACUGCAAGCCCAGAAAAUAAGAGGAUUACAAUAAAUUUUGAUGUGUUUAAUCUGGAGACAUAUCCUUACUGCAGAUACGACUAUGUACGUAUCUAUGAUGGAAAAACAACGUCUUCUCCACUUAUUGGAACAUUCUGUGGCAGGAAUUCUUUCAACAGGAAAUCCACUGGUAACGCUUUCCUAAUAAAGUUCCACAGUGACUAUUCAAAUCAAUAUCCUGGAUUUUCUGCUUCAUAUAAAUUCAAGUUAAAGAAUAUGAAUCCAUAUCUUGGUUUCUAUUAUUACAUGGUGACUUCUACCCCAGGAUGGAGGAAGGGGUAG